CGCCGGAAAUAAUUGAAAAUGUUAUAAAAAUAUAUAAAUUAAAUAAACAAAUCGUAUCUCAUGAUAUUAUAUUUACAAUUAUUUUUUCAAAUACGUGUUUUCGAACAAAUAUGUUCUUGAAUAAUUGUGAAUAGAUCUUUGAGAAUGAAACGUACUUUAGUUUUACUCGUAUUUAAGGUUAAUAGUUUGUCGCAUUGUUCGAUGCACAGUAAAAAUGGCGUCAAACCAACAAAGCAAUCAAAAGAAACGUAAAUUAGAUAAUAACGAUACGCAAUUCGAUAAUGAAAAAGAAAGUGAGUUUAGUAAACAUUGUAUUCCUUAAUUUUACUAAGGAUUAUUAAAUACGUGAUGUCGGGAAUACCAACGGCAAAGUUAUUUGUUUAUAUUUGAAAAUGCUAAAGUGACUCGAAUGGAAGCGCCACGGCUAUGUCCAUACUUAGAUACAAUUAAUCGUCAAUUUUUAGACUUUGAUUUCGAAAAAUUAUGUUCUGUUUCAUUGUCCCGAAUCAAUGUAUAUGCCUGCUUGGUUUGUGGAAAAUAUUUCCAAGGCAGAGGAACCAAUACACAUGCUUAUACUCAUAGUGUAGCAGAAAGUCAUCAUGUAUUUUUAAAUUUACAUACAUUAAAAUUUUAUUGCUUACCAGAUAAUUAUGAAAUAGUAGAUUCAUCUUUAGAUGAUAUCAAAUAUGUAUUAAAUCCAACAUUUGAUAAAUCACAGAUUGCUUUAUUAGAUAAAAGCGAUAAGUUGUCUAGAGCUAUUGACGGUUCAAUGUAUUCUCCGGGUAUAGUAGGCAUGAAUAAUAUAAAAGCAAAUGAUUAUUGCAAUGUUAUUUUACAGGCAUUAUCUCAUGUUACUCCAUUGAGAGAUUUCUUUUUAAGAGAGACUAAUUACGCGUAUGUGAAAAGGCCACCAGGAGACUCCUCUUAUUUGUUGGUUCAAAGAUUUGGCGAAUUGAUGAGGAAAUUAUGGAAUCCACGCAAUUUUAAAGCACAUGUGAGCCCUCAUGAAAUGUUACAGGCUGUGGUAUUAUGGAGUAAAAAGAGAUUUCAAUUUACCGAGCAAGGAGAUCCGGUAGACUUCCUAUCUUGGUUUUUGAAUGCUUUGCAUUUGGCAUUAAAUGGUACAAAAAAGCGUGAUUCCAGUAUCGUUUAUAAAACGUUUUUGGGACACAUGAGGAUAUAUACUCGAAAAAUUCCUCCUCUUGAAUUAGAAGAAAGCCAAAGAAGCGAAUUAUUACAUACAGUUGAAUAUGGAGAAACUGUUACACAAAGUCCAUUUCUUUAUUUAACUUGUGAUUUACCACCACCACCUCUUUUUAAAGAUCAAUUUACUGAAAAUAUUAUUCCACAAGUAAAUUUGUAUACUCUAUUAAAUAAAUUCAAUGCUGUGGCAGAGAAGGAAUACAAAACGUAUAAAGAAAAUUUUAUGAAAAGAUUUGAAAUUACAGAACUUCCACCUUAUCUUAUUCUUUAUAUAAAAAGAUUUACUAAGAAUACAUUCUUUGUUGAAAAAAAUCCAACUAUAGUAAACUUCCCAGUUAAAAAUGUGGACUUUGGUGAUAUUUUAACACCAGAGGUUAAAGCUAGACAUCCUUAUACAACAUAUGAUCUUGUGGCCAAUAUAGUGCAUGAUGGUGAACCAGGACAAGGAACAUAUAGAGUUCAUAUUUUACAUAGAGCUACUGGUCAAUGGUAUGAGUUACAAGAUUUACAUGUAACCCAAAUACUGCCACAAAUGAUAACCUUAACUGAAGCUUAUAUACAAAUAUAUGAAUUAAGAAAAGAAGCGAACGUUGAAAAUGGUGAUAGCAAAAAUAAAAAAAAUACUUGAUAGAAAAUCGAAUAAACAUUUGCAUUUUCUCUA